AUGAAGGCCCCUCGUACUCGUCGCACCGACUCGCAGGCCGUGUCUUCUGACGCCAAAGAGCAAAGGUCGGAUGUAGACGCUUCCACCUCGCUGGCGCCGCCUCCACGCCCUGCUGCCACUACUGCGAGCGAUACUCCCGACUAUUUCAAUUCUGUCCACAACCCAUUCUCGCUGGAGCCCAAUCCGUUUGAACAAUCCUUUGGUACUGGCAAUUCGGCGGAAACGCCUGGCAAGUCGCUCCUGCCUCCCGUGGCUGCCCUCACCUCGCCCGCUCUGCCUGGUGCGUCGUCUGGUGGAGGUUACAACUGGUCCAACUCGCUGCGCUCGGGACCGCUUAGCCCGGCCAUGCUUCCUGGUCCCACUGGCUCAAACGACUAUUUCGACAGCAUCGGCCGAGGAUUCCCAACACCGAACGAGUCAUCGCUACGAACAGGAUUGACCCCCGGCGGCGGGGGAUCAAUGUUCCCGGCCCCCAGCCCUAAUUCACAGGCUCUCCUUCAACAGCUGCAAAGCGGCGGUGCUACACCAUCGACCAUUGAGUUUCACCGGACUGCGCUGGCCGCAAAGAAGAAUUCUGGGAAUGGGGCAAACUCAAAUGCAAAUGAACCAGAACCGACAUCUAACCCGAACAUGGACGGAAAGUCUCAGCCUACGACGACAGACUUUACUCAACAUGACGCGGCCGACGCCGCCAAUGGUCUCUUCAUGCUGGCCAAAGGUGGCCAAGCGAACAACAUGCCCAUGAAUCAAGUUCCUAAUGCGCACAACGAGGCGCGAACAUCCGCAGCCCGACGUGUAUCGCAGAAUACCAACGGAGGUAUGAGUCGUGAAAUGAGUGGCGAUGGCUCGGAGCAAGACCUAGCCAAGCCCGCCUCGAAGGGCAAGGGCAAGAAGAACCCUCCCAAGGCCAAUGCGGCCAAUAACCGCCGCAAGGCAGAUGAGCCGGCCAAGGGACCGAACAAGAAGGUUAAAAUGUCGGAAACUCCAUCAGAUGACUCGGAGGACGAAGAUAUGAAAAACUCCAACAUGGACCCCAAGAAAAUGACAGACGAAGAAAAGCGGCGGAAUUUCCUGGAACGGAAUCGGGUUGCUGCUUUGAAAUGUCGUCAACGGAAAAAGCAAUGGCUGGCCAAUCUCCAAGCCAAGGUUGAGCUUUUCACCACUGAGAAUGAUGCUCUCACCGCCACGGUGACUCAGCUGCGUGAGGAAAUUGUCAACUUGAAAACACUCCUCUUGGCUCACAAAGAUUGUCCCGUCUCCCAAGCUCAGGGGCUUGGCCCUCUGAUGAUGAAUGGCAUGGCCACUGGCUUUGACCCGCACGGGUAUGGUAUGCCCGGUCAGAUGGGCAUGCCACCCGGUGGCCCAAUUCCUGCACAGGGCAUGCGGCGAGCUUGA